AUCGAGUGGUGUCGCUCUCUUUCUCUCACCUCCCACCUUUCUCUCUCUUCCCACCUUUUCUCUCUCCUCUCUCUCUUCGGAGGAGGAUGAUGGUGAUGACCCCUCUCCUCACUCUCCUCCGACGAUAACGCGGCGUGUUCCCGAAGUUUCUCUCCUCCGAUCUCUCUCUCCCCCCACCCUCGAGAUGAGUGCUCAACGCAGCCGCCCUUCCGCAUCGAAGGUGCGGAGCUCCGAAGUGCUUUUCGGUUUUCUUCAGCUCUGAAUCGGCCAUGUCGAAGUGCAAGUUGCAAGCUUUAACAGUUCUGUUAUUCCGCGAUACUGAGUUUCCAGCAGAAAUCGAUCAAAAGAAACCCUCAGAAGAAAUCAUCAUUUUCUGAUACUCUUUGCUAAAUUAGGAGGGAUUUAAGUGGUUUCGACGACCAUGGUUCUUGAUUCAUUACCCUCUCCUCGUCGGAGAUCUCAAAACACACUGUUUCUACCAUCAUCGUCAUCUAAGAAGCAAUGGGGCCGUGAUGAGCUCGGCGGCUGGUCUGUUCUUCUCGAGCGGCAUCGCUUCCUUCUGACUAUGCUAAUGCUAUUGGCAUUCCUCUGCACCGUCUAUUUGUACUUUGCGAUCACUCUGGGGGAAACAAAUUCCUGUGCAGGACUGUCAGGAGAUGAGAGGGCAAGCUGUCUGGCAAAAUCUUCACUGCACAGCAGGAAAUUGAAGUUCUUCUGAGAAGAUUGCCUAAAAGAUUUUAUAGAAAUUUGAUUUUGAAAGGGGUGAUUAUCCCAAUUUUUUUGGUUCUCCAGAUUAGAGGGGGGGAAAAAACAUAAUCAAGUAAUUUUAAUUGUGUGGCUGAUCAUUUUACACUGAGAAAUUAUUAUUCAUCGCUUCAAGAUUAUUAUCAGUUGUAAGUUUUUGUGCGGAAGCAAAUCGAUGAACUAAUUUUUGCAAAUUGGUGAUAUUCAUAUCAGUAGAUGGUCUCAUUUCCCUCUGUAUCUGCUUGCUGUAUAUGUAAGUUUGUUUUGGCUUCAUCUAUUGCUUUUUGAUCAAUAAAGGUGGAAGAGAAUGAUUAAUAA